AUGGUUUCAUCAUCUGAGCUCUAUGAUCUACGAACGUCGAUGGGUUUGAGAGAAAACAUGCUCUAUAUAUGUCUACGCACCCCUCCUGACCCAACUCCACGCUGGUUCGUCCACACAUCAACAACGAGACUAGUCCAAAUCCCCUUGCUACUCUAUAUGCCUUGGCAAAAAUCCUCUGUAGUGUCUCUGAAUCAUGGAAUCUAUGUAAUCGGUGGGACCGUGAACGGCAAGGCUACCUCUGGUGUUUUUCUUCUUGAUUGUCGGACUAACAAGUGGAGCCACGUCCCCUCGAUGCGUGUGGCUCGCGCCUCGGCUAUUACGGGGGUUGUAAACGGGAAGAUUUACGUGGUGGGAGGAUGCCAACACAAGUAUUCAUCUGAGGACUGGGGAGAGGUGUUUGACCCAAAGACGCAAACGUGGGAAGCCCUAAUGCCUCCCCCUGAGGAGGAUAUAAAUUUGAUCGGCGCGGGGUUUGGUUCGAACAGGGACUGCAUGGUGAUGGAUGGAAAAAUUUACGCAGCCACAAACCUUUGGGAAACUAUCUACUACUCGCCGAGUAAUGAUAAGCGGGAACAAGGGAGGAGGUGGGAUACGGGUGGGGGAGUAAGACGGGGUUGGUGUUUGGUAGGUAAAGUGUUGUACUCUUGUCAUGUAAGUGGGACAAUACUGUGGUCUGAAGCAAAGGAGUUGGAAAAGGAGGGUAUUAGUGAACCGUCAAUCAACUGGAAGGAGGUGAAAGGUUUGGAGUCUCUUCAAAACCAACUAUCUUCUUCCAGAAUGGUCCACCAUGAGCCGGGAUUGUUCGAUUCCUCCACCGUUGGUUUCAGCAAUGAAUUUGAACACCGGCUCCCCGGGUUCAAACUGUGCAAGUUUGGCAGCAACGUUGUGGUCUACUGGGACGUGCUUGUUGGGGGUCUUGAGAGUUUGGAGAUUUGGUGUGCUGAGAUUUGCUUGGAAGGAGGAGACGACGAGGAAAUAUGGGGUACAAUUCUUUGUUCCAAUGUUGUUAUGAUGAUUGAUCCUCUUUUAUAUCGUUUUAAGGCAUUACAUUCUCUAUCUGUAAAGGUUUGA